AUGACUACAGAAGAAUCAUUUCGAGACCGUGCAGAAGGUGUGUCUUUUCGACACGAUCUGGUGGAAAUUUCCUGUCUUGAACCGGUCCCCGAGGGCCGCAUAGCCGAGUCCUACGCUGCAACCCGCUUUGAUCGGCCCUUUACUUGUUUUUCUUCGGGAGUCCGAACACCCUCCGGCCUCCACAGUCCGUCUUCUCAGCCGCCACAAAUAUCCACCUUUAUCAGCUCUAAACAGAAUUCUGCAACCACGUCGUCCACCACCACUACCCUCACUACUGCUCUUUCGACCGGCACUGAAAUAAGUAGACCUGGAGAGGAACAUGAGGGGGAAGAGGAGAUUGCAGAGGAUACUGCGGGUGUUGAUGGCAGUGACUCUGAAGUUGAUUCGUCAACCAGUUCGGCCAGUGAAGCACCUCUGCGCGUCUCUCGAGCAAUCACUGUGCCGCAUGUGAUUGCAGCUAGUGCGGGCAAAACCACACCCGCCGAUGCGUCAGUCACCGAUAAAAGUGCAAAUAUCGCGGACACCGUUGCACCUGAGACUCCUGGCAGCCAGGCUACAUGCGACAGCAAGAAGGAAGAAGAACGGGCAACAUCAGCAGAACAAGAGCCCUCCAAAUCUAGGGGUUCGUUGAGCACAGAAGCCAGCGUCGAAUCCAUCAGUUCGUUGCCAUUACCACCAGACAUGCCGCCACCUGCUGAGGAGGAGGAGGAGGAGGCGGGGGAGGGAGGAGAGGCCGAAUUCGGUGAGCAAAUGCCGACGACACAGCCGUCUCGGAAACGCAGUCGUCGUAAGCGCUCGCGGCACGUGCGUCGAAGCUCGGGCUCAAAACCAGUUACUGGGGAUGACGAGCCAUCACUCGUCUAA